AAAGUGGAGCAGAGGAAAGGAGAGGAAACUUUCCGCAGAAUGCUGUUCCCGUCCUCACAGACCUUACGUUGGGCUGUCAGCAGAAGGUUGGGGAUCAGAGGGAGGGAAGCUGCAGAGGAUGACAGCUCAGUGCAGGGGGACGUAGCUCACCUGCGGAGCAGAACCGCGUUUAUGCAGUGUAAACAGAGCGGAACCGAAUUCCCAAUUUAAUGCCCGGGCUUUUCCUCAGUGAUGAGUUGGCUGCUGUUGUGGAUUCUGACAGCAGCUGGGAUUCAACAGGCCUACUCCUUGAAUUCCACUGCCACGCCUCCUGCCACGGCCCUCCCUUCUCCGACUCCAGACCCGUACAAUGUGACGCGGUACUGCAAGUGGCCCUGCGAGUGUCCCGAGGUGGCUCCCAAGUGCCCGCCUGGCAUCAGCCUCCUCAUGGACGGCUGCGACUGCUGCAAGGCCUGCGCCCGGCAGGUCGGGGAGGAGUGCAACGAGGCCGACACCUGCGACUUCCACAAGGGGCUGUACUGCGACUACAGCUCGGACAAGCCUAGGUACGAAAAAGGAGUGUGUGCAUAUAUGACGGGAACGGGCUGUGAAUAUGACGGCGUGCUCUACCGUAACGGUCAGAGCUUCAAGCCCAGCUGUAAAUACCAGUGUUUGUGCGUGAACGGCGCCAUCGGUUGUGUGUCCCUGUGCUCAGAGUCCCAGCCUCCCAGGGUUUGGUGCCAAAGUCCGCGGAGAGUGAAAGUCCGGGGGCAGUGCUGCGAGCAAUGGAUCUGUGAUGAACCAAAGAAAGGACGCAAGACAGCGCCGCGGCACGCAGUGGAGGUUUUUCCAACUGAGAGCUGGCACAAGAACUGCAUCACCCAGACCACCUCAUGGAGCCCCUGCUCCAAGACCUGCGGCCGCGGCCUGUCGUUGAGGAUCUCCAACGCCAACGAUCAAUGCGAGCUUGUCCAAGAGUCCCGUCUCUGCAAUCUGAGGCCGUGUGAGGUAGACAUCGCCAAGCAUAUCAAGCCAGGAAAGAAGUGUCUGAAUAUCUACAGGGAGGACCAGCCCUCGAACCUCACCAUUUCUGGCUGCACCAGCAAGAAGGGGUACCGGCCAAAGUAUUGCGGCGUUUGCACCGACGAGCGCUGCUGCAUCCCGUACAAGUCAAAGACCAUCGACGUGGAGUUUGAGUGUCCAAACGGGACCGGAUUCUCUUGGAAGAUGAUGUGGAUCCAGGCGUGCUUCUGCAACCUCAGCUGCAGGAAUCCCAAUGACAUCUUUGCAGAGCUGGAGAGCUACCAUGGUUACCCAGAAGUCGUAAACUAAAAUGCAGCAAUUUGGCAAAGAACGCUCCUUUUUUUUGUUGUUGUUUCCUAAAAGAUAUUUAGAGUUUUUAAAUGUGCAAUCUAUAUUUUUUUCUUUUGGAAAAAAUUGUAAAUAUGAAAUGUGUCUCCAGCACGGAUUCAUGUAGUAAGAAUAUUUGCAGAGGUAAAACAAUAAAAUCCUAUAUUUAAAGUUUAAUUUAUUUAUGUAGUUCCUGAUCUACGUUGUGCAUCUACAUUGGAUUGCUCCCUAAUCAAGCAUCUGCUCAGCCUGAAACACACAUUUUCCUCUUUUCAUUUUUCACCAGUUUCUUUGCACACAGAAAGCAGACAAUAUUUUCUGCCUUGCAAAAGCAAAGUAUUAAACCAUUUCACAUUCUGUCCAAAUAAAACCAUGAAGUUCGCUGUAUUCCACUGGGAAUUCACACGCAAGCUACAAAACUGUGAAGUGAAAGGACAAGAACAAUUUUGAAAAUGUGGUGUGCAUUUGUGUUCAGUCGCCCAAAUCGACAUGUUUUUAAGUUUUCUAUGUUUUGGAGACUAUGCCUACCAGCCUUGCAAAUCUCAGAUUUGGAAAAUACUUCAGCCUCCAUCUGGUUGGACAAAAUCUAUGAACAUCAAUGUAAAAAGGUCAUAGAGUCUCACCCAGACUUCAGUCUUUGACUGGGUCUAUCUAAUUCAUUAAUGGGCUUUGACCUAGCAGACUGUCCCACCCUUUCAACUACCACGUAUCCUCCCUCUUAAGCUGUGGCUCUGGUGACUGUUUCAUAGCCCAACUGUGCGUUAAACUUCUUUCCAUUUGCUCAUUGUUCUCAAACAAGUUGUGUGCAUAUUUGUGUUGGACCAUCACAUAAGAUUCAUUGAACUUUAAGUUCUUUAAGAAAGUUCUGUGGAUGCAGAUAUUCUUGGAAGGCACUGUCGACAUUCAUCCUUGUCCUUCCAGGUACAGAAAGUAAAUCAAUGUUAUAGUUACAUUUUGAAAUAUGCAAUAAUGCAACAAAAGGGAAUCUGUUACAAGUUUUUUUAUUGUCAUUUUUUUAAUAAAUACAAACCGUUAUAUCAUGUUUAAUGCUAUUUUUUCCCCCCCCUACAUCAAAGAGAUGGUUUGUGCAUUGCAUCUUUACAAAGCUGCAUUUACGUCGUCUGCAAAGUAUUAUGUUGCUGUAGUGCAAGUAAAAUACAGGAAAUGGUAUCGGGUAAGUACUAUGGCUAUCCUCAUGUUAACAUGUGGACCUCUCCUUCUGCACUCACCCAAUAGAUCCAAAAGCAUCACAGGAGCAUCACAUCCCAAAAGCGAACAAUUUCAUGGCACUUUUUUUUUUUUUUUUUUUGUUCCUUUUUGCUUGAUUGCAUAGAAAUCAGCAUACAUAUAGCUUGGGAGGG